GCAUCUAGUUGAGAGCGACACACGAUCAAUAUUACGACAGCACAAGAGCGCGAACUAGAAUCAGCGGCCGAUACAUAGUUAGUCCCCACUCUUACAGUCUCCGAUAAUAAACGUGGACUGGGCACGGGAGAGUUGAUAUAGUUGUGGAGCCCGGUUUAAAUCUUUCAAAACGAAGACUUUGCAAGUAUGAUGAAAGCAGUGCUGUGUUUCGGACUUUUGGCCAUCCUUAUCGGGUGCGUGAGAGGAUGGGGAAGGAUUUUAUCGGGCGAGAAUAGUAUUGGUUACAACAGCUGGAUCCCGGCCAGGCGGAGUUGGAGGGGUUUGUACAGGCACGGUGGUUGGAGAACCGCACCAGCUAAGUGCGGCGGAAACCGGGACUUGUGUUGGCAAAACAGCCAAUGCUGCAAAGGGUACUACUGCGCCACCGUAGAUGACGGAAAGAGCGGUUUCUGCCGCGCUGAGGACCAAGAGCAAAUUCCCGUGUGCGAGACCGACAGUGACUGCCCUGGUUGGACAAAAUGCUCCACUGUGGCCCAGGUUGGCGCCGUUAAACUGCGCAUGUGCAAAGAGCCAACUGACACUGCCGCUGACACUGGCACUGGCAAGAAGGCCGAGUCGGGUCAACCGGGAGAUGUGUGUGAAGAUAAUUCGGACUGCUCUAUCGCUGAUGGCCUCUGCUGCCAGUAUGUCCAAGUCUUCAGAAGGAAGCCCAAGAAAAUGUGCCACCAAAUCUCGGGUCUGAACAAGUGUAUCAAAAGCACCAGCUUCGGGAACAACAUCAUCAAGAAGUAGACACAUCAUAUAGACAGAAUAUAAUUAAAUACCUUCUUUGAAUGUCUGACAUGUCUAACCUCAAUUCAUUGGAAAAGUUGAUUGGAGAAAGAUAGUUAUACAUUUAUUUGGGAGAAAAAAUAUACGAAUGAUUAACUCAUCGAGAGAAAGUCCGCUGCCAUCUUGACACCAUAGGUUCUUGAAUCUGAUUGGCCGAACUAUCAUCGCGUGACUAAAGGACACGUGACAGAAUUCGGAAUGUACACGGUCUUGAUAUAUCGAGCUGUUCAUCUACACAGCGAAAUAGUGUACGGGCAUAACAAUAAGAAGUAUCCUUUGGCGGCGAUCUACAACAGAUCGAAUAUCAAAAAUUUAUCAUUUUCUCAAAUUACCUCUUCCAAUAUCAUUAGGGUCCCGUUUGGAAUUGACGCUACCUUUUUUCCGCAGGUUGGUGAAUUUCAAUGCAAUAUCUUCAACGACGCAGAUACUGCAAAAGACAAAUAAACGUACCCUCGUUACAAUAGUUUAAGCUCAUUUAUCGGAUGUACAUGUAGCACUAAGCUAUUUCAGAAUUUUAUUCGCAACGUUAGAUAAGAGUUAUAAACACUAGCUGGUCAUAAUUUGAGAGUAAAAGAUGAUCUGAGAUCGGGGACCUCAGUCAGGCGAUUUUGCCUUCGUUUUUAAGAUAAAGAAUGGUUUCAAGACUGAAGUAUGCAUCAAGUGAAAUUAUGAAAUAGUUUAGUCUAAUGUAUGAUCGUGGAUCGUUGGAGACCUAAUACAUAUCUAAUCCUUUUAUUGUAACCUCACUGUACACAAUCCCUAUAUUUUCCGGUUCUUUGAAGUAGACUUACAUGUAUGUUUACAUAUACAAUUUAAUCGCAUAUCUCGCUUUUGCGAGAAUCUAUAAGGCGGUUUUAAUUUCAUCCGUACAAUGUUACAAUCGGAUUAGGUCUCCCACCUUACCAACGACGCCAUUCGCAGUGGAAAGGUCUAUGUACUUUUGAUGUAACAUCUUCUUUAAAGAUGUCCCCGAUUCUACUUACAAUUUAUCGUACAUGUAGUUCGAAAGCCGAUUUGCGAGUGAGGCUCGUUCAAUAUAAAUUCCGCAGGGAUUGACCAUAUCACCGACUCCCACGUCUUCUACUUCUUCGUCGUUGGUGAGAGUGGCUGAACCUUUUAAUCAGGCCCAUUAAACAAAAGAAAAAUCAUUUACAACCUGAAUGAACUAAUAUCAUUAUAUAUAUAUAAGCGAUAUUUUUUAUCUUCGUCUUCUUGACCAUACAUAGACAAAGGAUGUUGGUGCCGACAAAAUGAAACAAUCAAUAAGUCAAAAACAGUGCGAUAAUAAACCGUCAAACAUAACCUUCCUAUCAACUAACAUACUCUUGAGAAAUAUCAGCCCUAUUAAUUUGGGUAUGUUGUGUCUAUAUCAAUGUGUAUCAUGUGAAUGUGAUUUAUUCACGGUCAUUUUUGUUUUAAUGUUAACCUAUGAGUGAAUUAAAGAAGACUACUUUGAGAA